UCUGUUCAGCAUGUUUGUUGGUUGGCCCCGAGUCGUAGAACUCUAUGUGAAAGAAGCCUGGGAUGCUCGUGCGCAGCAUGCGUCCAAAGCGGUGACUGGAAUCCAGAUCCCUAGGGUAUGAGCAACGAUUAAACCGACGAUUACUCAGCGUCGACUGGACGAACGAGGACGAGAAACGGCACUAUAUAGGGACACCCUUGAGCAAUUGCGACUACCGAUAUUGCAGGAUCGUAUGCAUUACGCAAAUUACAGCUUGACGAUCGCAGCUGAGAGUCGAGGAGCGAUUGUGGGUUGUUCGAACCCACUUUUCUUCCACAAUGGCGGCGGUAGGAUCAGCAAAGAUGUGCACCACACCACUGCGCUCCUCUCUCUCAUCGGGUUUGUCUCGUCCAAGUUCUGCUACCGUCAGAAUUCCCGCAGCCUCCCCAUCAUCUCUUGCUUGGAGGAACUCCUUUUCAACUCAAACAACGCCGGCGAGGCCACUUCGACGUACAGAGAGCCACAUUGUGCGAGCUGCGAGCAGCAAGACUGAGUUCCAAAUCAAGAGUGUGCCGACCAAGCCUAUUGAAGGGCAGAAGACUGGCACGAGUGGGUUGAGGAAGAAGGUGAAGGUGUUCAUGCAAGAGAAUUAUCUCGCAAACUGGAUUCAGGCAUUGUUUGAUUCCAUCCCUGAAGAAGACGUGAAGGGCAGUACGAUUGUACUGGGAGGAGAUGGCCGAUACUUCAACAAAGAAGCUGCCCAAAUCAUUAUCAAAAUUGCUGCUGCUAAUGGAGUCGGCAAAAUAAUGGUGGGCAAAGAUGGUCUGAUCUCGACUCCUGCCGUCUCUGCUAUAAUUCGCAAGCAGAAGGCUGAUGGAGGGUUCAUCAUGAGUGCCAGCCACAAUCCCGCCGGCCCGGACGAAGAUUGGGGCAUUAAGUACAACUACAAAAGUGGACAACCAGCGCCAGAGUCAAUCACAGACAAGAUCUAUUCGAACACUAUGAGCAUUAAGGAGAUUAAGAUGGCCGACCUCCCUGAUAUUGACCUUGCAGCUGUGGGCAGCACCGGCUUUGGUGAUUUUGUUGUGGAAGUGAUUGAUCCCGUCGAGGACUACCUGGAGUUGCUGAAGGAGGUGUUCGACUUUGAUCUGAUCCGUGGCCUUCUUGCUAGGGAUAACUUUAGGUUUAAGUUUGAUGCCAUGCACGCUGUGACCGGCGCCUAUGCGAAAACUAUCUUCGUCGACAAUUUGGGUGCGUCGGAGGACUCCAUCAUCAACGGCAUCCCUAAGGACGAUUUCGGAGGAGGUCAUCCUGACCCUAACCUGACAUACGCCCAUGAGCUUGUGGACAUAAUGUAUGGCCCCGAUGCCCCUGUUUUCGGUGCUGCAAGCGACGGAGACGGCGAUCGUAACAUGAUCCUUGGAGACCACUUCUUCGUCACGCCUUCUGAUUCAGUAGCUGUUAUAGCUGCCAAUGCGCAGCAGUCCAUUCCCUAUUUCAAGAGCGGAUUGAAGGGUUUGGCGCGAUCCAUGCCCACAAGUGGUGCACUCGACGCAGUGGCGGAGAAGCUGGACUUGCCUUUCUUUGAGGUUCCAACAGGAUGGAAAUUCUUUGGGAAUUUGAUGGACGCUGGGAAGCUUUCUGUUUGCGGAGAAGAAAGCUUCGGCACAGGCUCCGACCACAUUAGGGAGAAGGACGGCAUCUGGGCCGUCUUAGCGUGGCUCAACAUUCUCGCAUACAAGAACAGGAACUCUCAACCCGACGACGCCCUUGUUUCAGUUGCCGACAUCGUCAAGGAGCACUGGGCCACCUACGGCCGCAACUUCUUCGUCCGCUACGACUACGAGUCUUGCGAGACCGAGGGAGCCAACAAGAUGGUUGCCCACCUCAGAGACAUUCUCUCCAAAAGCAAGGAAGGAGACGUAUACAGUGACUACACCCUCAAGGUCGCGGACGACUUCACCUACACUGACCCAGUAGAUGGCAGCGUUGCGGCUAACCAAGGCAUCAGAUUCGUCUUCACGGACGGUUCCCGCAUCAUCUUCCGGCUCUCAGGCACGGGAUCAGCAGGCGCAACCAUCCGACUCUACGUCGAGAAGUUCGAGUCGGACGCCUCCAAACAUGACGUAGAUGCGCAGGAGGCCCUGAAGCCACUGAUCGACAUGGCUCUCUCAUUGUCGAAACUGCAAGUAUUCACUGACCGCGAGAAGCCCACCGUGAUCACCUAGACGCUGUAAACUGCUUCAAGAGCUUCGAGUGGCUCGCAUGGCGCGUCGGAUGUGAGCUCUCGUGUUAUGGUUCCCUUUGAUGAGGUUUAGACGCAAUCGUUGACGGUGGUGAAGAUCUGGGUCCCUUGGGCUCGGUCCAGUUUUGUUAAGGAUGUAAAUUCUUAGGUCCAUGUGUCGUUACGCUGAGCUCGCGGGAUGCAUGACGGCAUGCGUGUGUAGGAUUGAGGGGCAACAGAGUUUGUAUGCUCUUUGCUUCAGCCUUGUAGAAACUUUGGCCGCUUCCAACUCAAGGCAAAGGACUUGUUGAUGCUCUAGUGCCUUCAAUCUGUCUUUUUGUUUAUGGUACCACAACGUUACACCAAAAGGUUGGCGCAUUCUUGGACAAUGAGAGGGGGGUAAAAUAUAUAACCGGAAGGGAAUUCUAUUAGGCUGGUUUGUUUUCAUUUUAUUAAAGUUUUUUUUCCUUUUUUUUCUUUUCUUUUCAACACUUUGUUGGGUGUAAAGUGUAUUGUAAUUAAGUAAGCCGAUAAUACAAUGAAUUAACUUUUGAGUA